CAAUCUUUCCCAAGUAAAACUAAAGCAAUCCCCUCCACCUCCAGAACCCUAGCCUAAGCAAAUUGUGCGUGCGUGUCUGCUGGGGUUCUACCUUCACUCAUCAUCGUGUGUUCCAAACACACGCCGAAUUCUUUCUUCUCACAACUGCAACUGUUCGAUCCCUAGCAAUGGCUGAUCGACUAACGCGUAUUGCCAUCCUCAAAGAGGACCGUUGCAAGCCAAAGAAGUGUCGUCAAGAAUGUAAAAAGAGCUGUCCUGUCGUCAAAACUGGUAAGUUGUGUAUUGAAGUCACUUCUGCAUCCAAGGUGGCAUAUAUCUCUGAGGAGCUUUGCAUAGGGUGUGGUAUAUGUGUUAAGAAAUGUCCAUUUGAUGCAAUUGAGAUCAUCAAUCUACCAAAAGAUCUGGAUAAAGAUACAACUCAUCGUUAUGGGGUCAACACCUUUAAAUUACACAGGUUGCCUGUCCCAAGGCCUGGACAAGUUCUUGGUUUGGUUGGCACAAAUGGAAUUGGGAAGUCUACAGCUCUCAAAGUUCUAGCAGGAAAAUUGAAACCUAAUUUGGGUCGUUUCAAUAACCCUCCAGAUUGGCAAGAAAUUUUGACCUACUUCCGGGGAUCAGAGUUGCAAAACUACUUUACACGUAUUCUUGAAGAUAAUCUAAAGGCUAUCAUAAAACCUCAGUAUGUUGACCAUAUCCCAAAAGCAGUUCAAGGGAAUGUUGGGCAAGUGCUUGAUCAGAAAGAUGAGAGAGAUGUGAAGGCAGAACUUUGUGCUGAUCUUGAGCUUAAUCAAGUUAUAGAUCGUAAUGUUGGAGAUUUAUCUGGUGGAGAGCUUCAAAGAUUUGCAAUUGCUGUUGUUGCCAUACAAAAUGCAGAGAUUUAUAUGUUUGAUGAGCCUUCCAGUUAUCUUGAUGUCAAACAAAGGCUUAAAGCUGCACAAGUUAUCAGAUCCUUGCUUAGACCCAACAGCUAUGUGAUUGUGGUUGAGCAUGAUUUAAGUGUGCUGGAUUACCUAUCAGACUUCAUUUGCUGCCUUUAUGGGAAACCUGGUGCUUAUGGUGUUGUCACACUACCCUUCUCUGUCCGAGAAGGAAUUAAUAUAUUUCUAGAAGGAUAUGUGCCUACUGAAAAUCUUCGUUUUCGUGACGAAUCCCUUACUUUUAAGGUGGCUGAGACUCCACAAGAGACCGCUGAAGAGAUUGAAACAUAUGCACGAUAUAAGUACCCAUCAAUGGCUAAAACUCAGGGUGGUUUCACACUUAAGGUGGUUGAGGGUGAAUUCACAGACUCUCAGAUCAUAGUAAUGCUUGGUGAAAAUGGAACAGGGAAGACAACGUUUAUCCGUAUGCUGGCUGGUUUGCUGAAGCCUGACACUGUGGAAGAUUCUGAUGUGGAGAUACCUGAAUUUAAUGUUUCUUACAAGCCUCAAAAGAUCAGUCCCAAAUUCCCUCAUUCAGUCAGGCAUUUGUUGCAUCAAAAAAUUCGGGACUCUUACAUGCAUCCUCAGUUUGUUUCUGAUGUCAUGAAGCCUCUUCAGAUUGAGCAGUUAAUGGAUCAAGAGGUUGUUAAUCUUUCUGGUGGUGAAUUGCAACGUGUUGCUUUGUGCCUGUGCCUUGGCAAGCCUGCUGAUAUAUACCUGAUAGAUGAGCCGAGUGCAUACCUGGAUUCUGAGCAGCGUAUUGUGGCCUCUAAAGUGAUAAAGAGAUUCAUCCUACAUGCUAAAAAGACUGCAUUUGUGGUUGAACAUGAUUUCAUAAUGGCAACCUACUUAGCAGAUAGGGUGAUUGUUUAUGAAGGGAAGCCAUCUAUUGAUUGUGUUGCAAAUUCACCUCAGUCAUUAUUAACCGGAAUGAAUCUCUUCUUAUCUCAUCUGAACAUCACGUUUAGGCGGGACCCAACUAAUUACAGGCCAAGAAUCAACAAGCUUAAUUCAACAAAGGACAGGGAGCAGAAAUUUGCUGGAUCUUAUUACUAUCUGGAUGAAUAAAUUUCUUCUCUUGUCAUUGCAGGGCAAACCCUACCCUACAUGACUCCUAGCUCUGUCACAUACAUAGCAUAGCACUUGUAUAACCAGAGAGAGGCUUGAGCUCAUCUUCCUUCAGUUGUUGAACGUGUUUGAUGUUUGAUGUUUGUUUUGUUUGAAAAGAGAGUUUUUAGAUCAUAUAGCAUAUGCAAAUGCUAAUAUACUUGUUUUAUAGUUUGUAAUUUCCGGCUUCCUCCAUGAUUGCUUUACUUUACUUUGAGCACAUGUUUUUUUUAGCCGGAGGUGAUGAUUUUUGAGAUGACUGAUGAUGAUGUUUGGAACCUCUUUCUUUUCUUUGGUCAUGUUUAUUUAUUUUUUUGACGCUUAAAAAGAUAUUUCCAGGUGAGAAUGAAUAGAGUAAAAAACUGAUAUUUUAUUUUUAA